UUGUGUCAGUAGAGAUAAAGUUUGACCUGUGACCGGAGCGGGAUAUGAUCAUUUAGUGUAUGAUUUUGUUGAGUAAUUGUGUAAUGUGUUAGUGCUCCAAAAUGUGGAUCUUCACUUUGUUACUUCUCGCCACGAUCGCCAUCGCGCAGAGUCAGGAUGUUACAACCACAACAGAGUUUCCGGGUGAUCUCGCGAGGGGCGAAGAAAAAAUGAGUGAAUAUAUUCUACAAAUUUUGGAACAUUUCAAGCAACCAAACCCGAUUGGUAUCCCGGGUGCUAAAGUACCAGAUCCAUACAGUGUACCGGAUAUGAAACAAUCCGUUUCGAUCGGAACGCUCUACUUUAAGAACACAGCUGUGUACGGCAUCAGCAAAUUCAGGAUAUUGUAUGUUAAUGCAGAAAUUGGAGCUAUGGAGGUCCAUGCAGGGCUUGCUAUCGAUAAGCUUCAAGCUCGAGGAAACUACACGAUGUCUACUUGGCUUAACAGAGUACAAGGACCGUUCACAGUUGACAUUACUGGCAUUGAGAUUACAGCAAAAGCAGGAUUAGGUGUCGAACGGGAUGGAAAAUUAAGAGCACAAGAAAUAAAAAUUGAUAUUUCCUUUAGCACGAUUGCAAUGAAUUUUGAAAACGCUGGUUUCUUUGGUGGCAUGUUACAGGGAAUAGUUAAUUCAAUCGGAACAUUCCUCUUUGAUUCGAUCAAACCUUAUAUACUUAAGGAAGCUUACACGAAGGCUAGAGAAGAGAUAAAUAAAAAGCUUGAUGAAGUUGCUGGUGAUAUGCAAUUUCCGAACUCAAUUUCUCCAUUGGAUAUGGUUAUAGCAGAUGCUAGAAAGAAAGUGAGAGAAAUGGAAAUGGACCCUUAUAAAAUUAAGGAUUAUAAUGCUUCUGCAAGUGUUUUUACUAUAUCAUUAACUAAUACAUGGGUAACUGGAAUAUCCUCUUUCCAACGAGUAGGAAAUAUUACUCUUAAAAUGCAAAAUAACACUGUGAUUGCUGAUUUUGAAAUCGGUACUCAAAAACUUGAGGGGACGACUCAUUGGGAACUGUCCGCAAUAAGUGGCUUGCUCUCGAGAACUGGCAGGACAUCAUUCUCCGUAGAAUACAUAAGCGGUAGAAUAAUAUUGGCACAACCCCUCGACACUAGGAAAAAACCACAAUUUGUUGAUUUGGAUCUUGAUGUGGGAAACAUACAAGUGCGAUUUGACGGAGCUGGUACUUUGGAUUAUGUCGUUGAAUUCGUUAUAAACGUCUUACCAAAUCUUUUAAGAUAUCAAAUAAUAGAUGCCUUAGAAAAUCCCAUCAUAGAGAAGGUACAGGAAGAACUUAAUAAAUUAAACGUUGAAGAAAUGAUCAAAGCGGAACUCCCGAAGGUAGAUGAAAUGGAGGAAAAUGGCUUAAAACUAUCAGCUCUUCGUGUUCAAAGUGAAACAGAAGAACCGUAUGAUGAAGACGAAUUCUUCAAUUUUUAGCUGAAGUUACUUUUAAGAAUAACCAAUAAUUUUGUAGAAUACUUAGUUACUUAUUGAUAAAUUGUUGAAAGAAAAUAC